GUCCCCGUCGCCAUAUGUUUGAGUGCGCGCCUCGCAGCAGCGUUUUUCGUCGCCAUCGGCCGCGCUGUGCGGAGACCGUGUCGAUAGGCCGCUUUGUGUGCACCGAGAUUUGUUAUUUUUGUCUGUGUGUGGUGCCCCGGUCGUUCCCCUGCUCGGCGGUGGUUCGGAUAAUACCGGCUGGAUUGCGUGAAUUUCGUCUCGUGCGACGACUGAGCUGAAGCUUCGCGACCACGACUUAUUCCGAGGUCGUCUGCACCAACGACGGCCACGCUCCUUUAACUCAGCCGAAACUUCGUUCUGACAUGACAGCUGUACAGCGCUCGGAGUCGGCGACCUGUGAGAGAAGCAGUAGGGACGGCUGCUGUUGCCAGGAAGAGUCCUGACCCGGCAGCGGUGGGCGUUGCAGCAGCAGCAUCAGUGCAGCCGGGGGCCAUGUGGGGCCUCGAGUGAUGGGACCCCAGGGGGGCUCGAUGGGCUCCAGCGGAGGGAGCCCCGCUGCCCGGGACGGCCUUGUCUGGGACACCGAGAACCCCGCUGUGCCAGGAUUCUCGCUCCGCGCUGCCUCCCUGGAUGCCGCACUCAGGUUCCUCAUCGACUGCUUCUUGCCCAUCGGUGGCCUGGAGGAUGACGACAACCGCUUCCCUUACAUAUUCCUCCUCAUGCACCAGUGGUUUAUUAAAUCUGAGAAGCUGGCACGAUGCCUUGUCGACCAAUAUAUGACCAGCAAUACUCAGCAUCGAUGUGUGCUGCCAUGUGUUCAUACUCUGCAGCACUCAACGCACUGUCCCAUUUACAAGCACAAGGCACAGGUGUGCCAGGUGUUCAGAUUCUGGAUGCUCAAGUUUCCCCAGCACCUUGAGGCCGAGGGAGUGCUGCCACGGGUGGCAGCGCUGCAGUCGCGACUGCGUCAAGAGGGCCACACGGUGCUGGCCGACCUAGUGGACCUGACCCGCAGGCCCUCUCCCCGAUCCGAGUGGGCACGGGCCGUGUCCGUACGGCUGCCGCUUGCCAAGCACACGCGCAAGGUGUCUCUUGUGUUCGACCACCUCGAGCCCAGAGAGCUCGCCGACCACCUCACCUAUCUGGAGCACAAGGUCAUGAAGCGCAUCACGUUCCUGGACUUCAAGCAGUAUGCAGAGCAGGGUACGCUGGCAGACAACCCUCGCCUGGAGCGCUCCAUCUCGCAGUUCAACGGCCUCUCCCAGUGGACGCAGUGCAUGGUGCUCUCACGCUCCACACCGCAGCAGAGAGCUGAUGUCAUCGCCAAGUUCGUAGACGUCGCUAAGAACCUGCUGGAGCUACAGAACUUCAGCUCCCUGAUGGCAGUCGUGGGCGGACUGAACCACAGCGCACUGGCGAGGCUGUCUCAAACGACCACUUGCCUACCAGGAGAGACGAGGCGCACGCUGGCACAGUUCGCUGCCCUGCUCUCAUCGGCGGGCAACUUCUGCAACUAUCGCAAAGCACUGGCCGAGGCACGGGACUUCAGGAUACCCAUCCUGGGUGUGCACAUGAAAGACCUCAUCUCGGUGCACGUGGCGCUGCCAGAUGUCGUGGACGGCAUGAUAAACCUGCGCAAGAUGGCGCAGCUGUCUCACAUAUUCCAGGAACUCUGGGAGCUGCAGCACUCCCCUCCACCCCUCGACGUCAGCAUGGACCUCAUCAACACACUCAAGCUCUCCUUAGACACCGCUUACACUGAAGACGAGAUCUUUGAACUUUCUCUUGCCAGAGAGCCAAAGGCACCCAUGGUAUCUCCAUCGAAGCCUCUCGCUAUGGAAUUUGCAUCCAGAGUCCCGGAAGGGACUGAUCUGGCUCUCGUUGAGAAGCAGAUCUGCGACAUGGUGGAAGAGGUGUUCCAUGAGUACGACACUGACCGCGACGGCUACCUGAGUCCCGAGGACGUGGCGGCGGUGACGUGUCGCUUUCCCGCCUUGCGCGGCUUGGUGCCCGAGGAGUGCCAGAGAAAGCUGCUGGGACGGCACGACAUCCGGCGGUUCCUGCUGCGCUCGAACUGGGCCAUGUUCCGGCACGACUUCCACGAGACCACCUACUUCCGGCCGACCUUCUGCAUACACUGCACCGGCUUGCUGUGGGGUCUGAUCAAGCAAGGCUUCAAGUGUAAAAAGUGCGGGAUCAACGCGCACAAGCACUGCCGAGAGCAAGUGCUGGCCGAAUGCCGACCACUCACGCCGCAAGGUCCAGUGAGGAGUUCUUCCUUUUCUUCCACAGAGUGGAGCGUGCCGAGGCCAAGCCGCCAUCACCAUCUGCAACAACAGCAGCAGCAACAGCAGCCAAGGCGCUUCAAGCAAAGCCGCUCGGAGAGCGAGUCGGCGCCGCUGGUCCAUCGGACCUCUGACACGCGCUGGAAGUCGGAGGACGGCAGAUCGACGGCGACUCACUCGUAUGGCCAGACGGUGCGAAACACGUGAUUGACGCUCGUCACGUGCUGGGAAGGACUCCUUGCCUCUGUCCCAUCUUAGCAUCCCCCGAUGAUGAUGGGCUUCUGCCAUUUUGCAACGCGUGAGUUUGUUCUUCGUACCUGUGACGAGGUGACGCCAUUGGGGCGCCCUCAUCGUACGCUGCCGCUUCGACCGAUGUGCUCGCCAAACACCUCGGGUUUUACAAAGUGGCCCGAGGAAACACUUCCAGUUUGCCAGGCGUCACGGGAGCUGAUUCAAGGGUGCCACACCUCGUCCUCAGCUAGUCAAGAGAUGAGGUAGAUAGAUCUGUGCCAUGAUUUAUAGAGCCCGCGAAAUUUUACUUUCCGGUCAUUUGCUCUCAAGACUGGAUGGUGCCCCAUUCAGAAGGCUACACAAAAGAGUAUGCUCUGUAUUCAUGCCGACGGCAGCAUCUACGGCGUUUUUUUACUUUUUUCAGCAGCGUUCAUUGUAGUCGUUACUGUAAAAUGUGUUGUUGCUAAUUCUUGAUCAUUUAUUUUCUCCCGUUUCUUCCCUCCAUUGAUAGUUCAGCAACAAAUGUCAAGAUUUUAUAUUACUUCAUAAUUAUUCCUACGCGUUACAGAAUAUGCGGUACCCUUCAAGUCGGCUUUCACAGAGUCUGGUAGGCCUAGCGUGUACACAAAGAGCCCGUUUUUCUUUUAAGCAGAGCUGUUUGAUGAGCACGUGAUACAUGACUACAUAAAUACUACUGUCAGUAUAGGCUACAAAUGUUAUUGCGGCCAAGGAUGCAUCUGCUCCUGACCAUGCCUCACGGAUACGUGAGCAGACUGUCUGCAGCUGUGUUUGUAUAAGGAAAGGUGUUUUUAAACCUACGUAACAGUAAUCAUGUUGACGGGACCUGCAACAAUUCUAAAUCAAGGUGUGUCGUCUUGCUCGUGGAUGCGCCGGCAGUAUGCCAUCGUGCUCACCGUUUGGAGACGACAAACUGGUUUUAGUGCCCACAUUCUUCGUGCUGCUGUACAUACUUGUUGUAAUGUGUGUGUUUCGAUCCCCGUUUUGACUCAUCACAGCCGUGAGACGGGGCCUAGCCUUGUCUCAAGAGUGCAGUGUAUCGUUCUUUUUCUCGGUCUCUUUUCACUGCUUUCUACUGCCACGAUUGUCACUGACGAACGUUGGUAUUUGAAUUGGCAUUGCUAAAGCACGGGGAACUUGCAAACUUCGAGCAUACUUCCUUAAAAACGAUGCUAUCCUAAAUCGUUGUGCCAGCUGUGGUAGGAUAGUGAUACCAAACACGUUCCACUUCCUCAACUCCUCUUACCGCUGUUGAACCUGUACUUGGCUGUUUGCUUCACAAGCAUCCAACGGACUGCCUAAACACGUAGCGAUGACUAGAAAGAUUGAGCUUGUCCACAAAUUUCUUUGUUCUUGCAUAUUUCUGCGACUGUAGUUGUCAACAUGAGCAGGUGGGUUGACGACCCCUUUUGGCGGUGGGAGGAUCACUUGCGCGAACUCUUCAUAACCUUCUUAGGUUCUUCAGAACUCUUCUUAGGUUUCGAAAGGGGCGUAAGCUAGCCUCUAUAUUUGUUCAUUUAUAAAUCAUGGAACAUGGAAAUUUCCGGAAAGGGCACUAAAAAAAAAAAAAGGCUUUACUCGUAAUAGUGAAUUGCUCUUUUAGAUGGUCUGUCUUGUUCUUGUUCCUUCUUCUCUUCAUGAUUGCCUGAAACACCAUGCUAACUGUGAGAAGACGCUUGGAAAGCGAGAAAACGCGAGAAAGAAAAAUACCGUCAUGUGGCCGCCAAUUAUUAUGCAAGCGUUAUUGCAUAACAGACACAUGAAAACGGUCAAUGUUCUUCGUGUCGCGAGGUCAAUAAUUGCUGCCAUCUACAUUUAUUGUUGCCAGCAUCUUGCUAUAAGUGCUGUCUUUCCGGAAUGUCUAAAUCGAAUUUGCAUCGAUAGCUUUCUCACGAGAACUUGCGCUGCACAUGUUCUUCUCGUUGAUUAAUUUUUCUAUCCUGCCUAUCGCGACAGCCGUACUCGAUUCCUUGCGGGAAUCGGUCCUAUCGCACAUAUUUGAGUUGCUUGUACAAACUCUGUCGCCAAAAAUUGGUUCAUUUCUACUGGUUUUCUGUAGUGGUUCAGAGUCUGGUCAGGAGUAUUCCAUUGCCCGCUAUGGCAAUCGGUCUGAAAUACCCGAGUCCUUGCUGUAUAGGGGCGCUAAAGGGCAGCACGGAAUUGGGCUCCGGUAGUUAUUACGUUUCCGUGGUAUUAAAUUGACCAUUUAAUUAACCAUGACCAUUUAGCCCUGUUUGGUGAGUCGAUACAAUAUGUGUUGUAACUUGGGCGAUGUCACCAUGGAAGUAACCGCAUCAAUUCGCUUUGAAAUCCGUUUGUUCUAACAGCGUCUGCUCUGGCAUUUCAGUGCUUUGUUUUAAAAAAGAUAAGCAUGGCAUUCUAGAAGAAGUUACAAUUGAGAACAAAAAAAAAGUUAAAAAAAAAGGACUUCAUCCGACACUGCCCAGGGCCAGAAAAAAACUGAAGAGGCACGAAUGCUUGAAGCUCUUAAAACAAAUCGAAUAUUGCACAGCUUCUUCCUGUCCUCUUAUGGAAUAGCCAGAACUGAAGAAAGAAAAAAAAAUGGUAUUUUUUAGGAUAGCUUUUUCUUCUGUUGAUUGUAUAGUGCUACUGGUUGAUGGAACAUAAGAAAGGUACACACAUGACCACCUUUUUUUGAGCUAUAGAACCUACAGUCAUGCUUAACCAACACGCCCACUUUGCGAUGCUCUACUGUGUGGACUGUUUGUGUCAAAGUAGGAAGUUGAAGUGAAAGUUCGUUAUCCAUUGCCCUGUUGAUAUGCUGUGCACAAACACGAUACCCGACAAUGAAAUGUUUACACAUGUUAUUGGUCAAUGGGAAUCGCUUCGUAUCAUUUAUACUAUACGGAGAACCUGUUCCAACCUAGUGAAAUAAUUUGACUGCGCUGAAUCGCAGCACACUUUAAUACAGUACAACUUCCGUUGCCAUUGAAAUGACAGAAAAAGUAGGCCUGUCCACCCUUAAGGAAAGGAUAUACUUCUACAAGCACAUAAUGCUGUAACAGUAAAUCUGGAGCUCAGGGUAGACCAGCAUGAAUAUUUUAUUCAGUCCCUUACUCAUGUUUAUUUAUUACUUCUACAGAAAGGCUGACUGUCUAGACAUUUCUAUCCUAUGAAUUAGCGCGUGCUCUUAAGGAACUGCGCAUUUCAGUGAGAAUAUGGCGCAGCUAACUGUUUGCAGUAUAAUUAUUUUUCAUAAUACUAUGACGUAAAAUCUACUGAAUAAAAAUGUUUAGAAUGUGGUGCAUUUUCUGUAGACUUGAAAACAAUCGACAAUAUUCAGUUCUGGCAGAUUGGAUUCGCACUUGAUUUGGUCUCAAACCUUACAAAAAAGGUCGGUAUAUUCAGGAAACGCCAACUGUUUACUUGUCACAAAAAGCACUAACUGCUUAGUAAUUGAACGUAGUAAAAUGCCGGUUAGUGAAAUUUACUAAUUAGUGUAAGUGAAUUGAUUAAUGCUGACUCGAAUAGUUAGUCCAUCACUAGGUUCCUUAUUAACUGCGCUAGUAACUUAGUAACGGCCUUGUUUGCAUACGAAACAUGCGAAAAUCCCCGUCGACACAGUUGUCUUGCCAGCGCAGAUGGUUUGUCAACAAAUUCAUCAAUGGAAAAUUUUUUGCCCUGCCAUAAAGAGAACUGUCUUCCAAGUGGAGAGAAGUAGAGUCCUCCACAAAUAAGCUAACAUUACCAGAUAAUGUUGCUGCAUUGUUUUUAGCGACCCUUUACUGGAAAAUGCCCUCAAAAAAGAAGCAACAGAAAAUUAUGCAGCAAGCAUGCAGUGAUCAUGUUUCCAUGGUGACAGCUAGCUUAAUACGCAUGAGAGUUUACUCGUGAUGCAUGUAACAUUCGACAUUUUCGUAGCAGGACACCUUUGUUCCCUGCGGGGAUUCUCACGGUUCUUCGCAUUAUGUCGGGCAGUGUACACUUGCCUACCAUGGUCGUAGAGGGAUGUGGUAUCCUAAUCAUUGCAUAUUGCAAGUUUGUUUCCAGUAUGUUUUCGUGUGGUAUAAUGCUUUUAUAGCAUCUACUUGGCAGUUAUCACGGUUUCUCUGCACAAAAUCUAGAGAAUUGCUUUCUUUUUUGCAACCUCAGGAAAUGAAGACACCCGCUUUGCCAAAUGACGCUUCAUUUGCUACCCAGAGCUAAAACAUAAGUGGUGUCUACUAAGAAGCAUAAAUAGAAACACAUUUUCAGUACUUCGUCGCAGUAUACUGCGAGUGCCAUGGUGAGUUCAUGUACCUGGUAGUGUCUUCAAAUUCUUCAUGUGUAAUGGCUGUUCGGUGCGACGGGAGUGCACUGCACGGGUGCGACGCCAUUUAUCUGUCGGAUGUUUAAUGGCAUUUUUCACAGCUUAAUCUGGAGCGGGAUGGAAUGUUUUACUGGUCGUUCACAAUCAACUCCGCAAUGCAGUCGCUUUGACUUGCUGCUCCCAGGGACCGACUGGCAUUGGGAACAGGACAAGAAGCGUGCGUCACUUCCGUUCGACGGCUUUGGUUGCCGUAAAGAACUGUACUGAGUGGAAGUCGGCCAUAGUUCCCGGUACAUGCUUGUGUGAUUCGUGCGUAAUGAUCCACACGUAUUGUUUCGUGUGGAGCUGAUCUGAAUUUACAAUGGCAGAUUCAGAUCCGUGCAAUACGAGCACUCGUUGGACAAUUUCGGAGGCCGCUCCGGAUCUUCCAGUUAAAAACACCAUUCGACUUGUGGCAAUGGGGUCAUUCGUCCGAGCAGAAAAAAUCGUGAUACUGAUCUAGACUCAGGUGUCAUUUUUUUAUCGAAGUUACAGACUACAUACGCGCCUAAGCUAGGCGCACUGUCGGGUAUUUUACACUUUACACUAUAUCAAACAGAACAGCUUUUCUGCACUGAAUGACCUAGUCUAGGCUAGACAUGCCAUCCCCAGCAGUUGUCAGAAAUAUGCUCAGGCCUUGCUCUUCAAACAGUUAUCAAUCUCCUAACAUCUCUGACAUGCGAUCAUUUUUCAACCAUGUGUAGCUGAAACAAGGCAGUUACGCCUUUGAUGGUUAAUACCUUUGUCUUCUUUUUUUAAAUUUUGUUUGGAAGAAGGGAACAAAGAAAACUGCACGUAUUUUUGAAUAGCACAAUGUGCCCACACUAUUUCAGCCCGUAGUUUUCUAGAAUGCUUAUGAUGGUCAAGUUAAGAACGCCUCACUAUCAGAUGAGUGGUAAAGCUCAGAAAUGCAUAUAAAACAAAGACCUUCAUUCUUUUUUCACGAAAUCUUUGCUUUACAAUGCAAAGUCAAUGCCGUGCUUGAUUGCCAAAGAAAUCGGGGUUUGCUAAUGCUCCAUGUACCUGGUAAAAACUCACAGAAGCUCUCUUAUCAGCUUUUAUCUUAACUUAUCCGAAUUGUUACCGAACACUUAUGACAGUGGAUGUAAGUUUUUCCCCAUUGGAAGUUAUCUUAAAAGAGAAGUUUAAGUCCAUUACACGAAGACUACAUUUACAAGAUUUCUUUUUCUUGUAGCCAUGGUCCAUAGUUAUGGGCUUUCUUUUUUAGAUCAGCAACUCGAACGUCACAUACAUAUUUUUUUAAUGUGUCGAGUUUUACUGACGUCAACCUUGUAGUUUACGAAACUUAAAAGCAAAACAUGAAAGCUUUGUACUUGUGCAGAUAUUGUACUGAAGAAUCGUGUAUAUAUUUUUCCUGUCAUAUUGGCGUUACUUUGUUCAUUUUAUGUUUGUUUGUUUUUUUCGGCAGAAGCAUAACUGUAACGACUAUCUUCAUCCGAAUAGUACAGAAGCAGUUGCACUUCAGUAACAGUCUAAUAUCACUUUCAUUGACUCCCGAUACUUCUAACACUCGUCAACAAGAAAUAUUUCAAGGAAAGGUCUGACAUACAUUCACUAAUUUGUUUGCACUAACACAUUUUCAAGAGGCAACGCACACUUAUUCUUCUUGUCACUCACAAUUGUAUUCAUCAAAGAAAAUGUGAUGGCAUAGCUGAGUGAAUCCGUGCGAAAAUCACUCAUAAGGAAGUGUGUAUGUAUGAUUCUAGUGGGGCAUUCUAUUUGCACCUCAGCAGCUCUGAGUCACAUGGCCUGAGGGGGAACAUCAUUUGUGACGUUAUUCGUAGCAUCACAUAAAAUAAAUGACCUGGCACUAGUGGCGCUGGCUAGAUAGUGAGGUUACUGGCACCUUAGUCACACUGGUCAACUACUGACAGUUUCAGAAAUAGCCAUACUUAUGCAAUGCCAGGCAGAAUCUUGCCUUUCAUCCUGAUUGCAAAGCGUAGUGGUGACAUGCGUGAUGUUUGUGUACAGGUCACAUGACCUCGAGCUGUUAAAUUGCAAGCAGACUAUCCCGACUUUUGCCUUCAUUUUAUAUACUCAGGGAAUUGGACCUGUUGUUAGACUACAAAUAAAAAAGUUACAGCUGAUGUUUCUUGUUGAAGUCGCAUGUGUUGCGAAAGAUGAACUUUAUUAAGCAAUAUAUAUGUUUUUCUUUGUAGUUUGAUCAUUUUCAAUUACAAACCGAUAAUAAGCGUGCUUGAAAGGCAUACGUGAUUAUUCUUUUACGGGACCACAUACAUCGUUUGCAGGGUAGGAGGGAAGCUGUAAACCCAUGUCUCGCAUCGAGCUGCGAAAUAGAAGCAUAGGUGUCACUUUGGGGGAGGGGAGUCUCGAAGUGGGCUUGUUGGAAUGGUAUGUUUUUGACAACUACCGUAGCGCAGAGAAAUAGGACGCCAGAAAGGUAACAAAGAGGGGAGUGCCCUUCUUGCACUUCUUCUCGAUGCCCAUGGCUUCGUGUAUGCGCAUUUAGCCUGAUUAUGAUUCGUGUAGUUCAUAAAACUUCGAACCAUCUCGCCACGAUUUGUGAUCUAAACAUUCCACCAGAAUCGCUCGCUGUUCAACUGACCACUUUUUUUUAAAGCAAAAUGAAAAGAAGAGCUAGGUGCUACUGUGCGCUUAAAAUACGACUGUAAAGUAUAUAUAUUUACUAAGUACAAAAUUAUCGCAAUUUUGCCAGCGGGUGCCAUCGAGCACAGUUGCGAAAUGGUAAUCGUGGCUACCAGAGUGUUGUUCGUUGUGUGAAAUCGAGGGAGAAUUAAGCCUAAACAUUCCGAAUGGACAGGACACUGCUGUGCCUGUCACCUCAGGGAAGACUCGAAAAAUGUUGGUGGUGGGUAUGAAAGUGUCGGGUGCCGUCCCGCGAAUCACAUUCCAUUAUGAUUACUUAUAACGCAGUCCUUACAAACAUCUGCUGAUAAUUGUAAGGGUAAUCCUUGUCUAUUUUUAUUUGCACAUUUCUUGAAGCGCAAGCUCCCCUCCCUCGAAUCCUACAAAUUCCUAGAAAGGUCAAAUACCACUCUACAGUUCCAGCUCUACUUUCGAAAUGCUUGGCGAUACAUUCACAAGAUGAAUCUGUGGAGUGUUCUGAUGAACGUUUCGUUCCAACUUGCGCUUUCCCGAUACCUCUCAGCAAUUUGCCUGUAGGGACUGUCAUCAUACUUUUAAUAUACACUUCAACAUAAAGCGACAUGCUUAAAGGGUUCAUAAAAAAGAGAUGAAUACUAAACAGCUCCUAUAACAAUCUGUUGGUCCUUAGUAGUUCUGUUGGUCCUUAGUAGUGUUGGUCCUUAGUAGUAGUAGUUAACUACAGCCGAUCUCUGGCACCCUAGCCUAGCUCAUCUAUUUUGCGGUGCAUUUUCUAAUAGCUGCCGGCGCGUCGUGUUUAGAAAUAUUGUCUUCCGCAUCUGUGUUUUCACUUCAGUAAAUCUGACACACUCAUGCAUGCUGUUAUUUCGAACUUGCAGAACUUUGUUUAUUAAUUCUUUUUUUUUCUUUGCGGGUAAACCUGGCCAGAGUCCCUGUUUUCGUGUUUUGACGCAUAUGCUGUGGGUAUCGAGCUAUUAGGUAGAAGAUUACACGUCUCGGUGUAUUGAGCAUUUGAGAUGAAAAAAAAAAAAGCACUGUUUUGUCAAAUAUGUAAUUGAGCUAGAAACGAAGGAAGACAAUGACUUUGUGGGUAUGCAUGCGCAUAAGUACUUGUGAUGAAUCAGCCGAAAGUAUGAGUGAAUGUUUGAGCUUUUAAUGAAGUGUGAACUUCAGACUACAUACAGUUGUUGCAUUGCAUUUCAUUUCGUAUUAAUGCUGAAGUGUUUUCCUCUUUUAUUUUUACGCCUGUGAAACUUAAAAAGAACGAAAGAAGGAGGACAAGGUAUCGACAGAAGUGACACUUCCGCUUUCAUUGUGGCUUGCGGGUGAUAAUUUAUGCUCAGAAUUAGCAUGACUUUCGUGACGAGGUUUGUGACAUAAGCGCACCCGAAGGGUGAACCACUUCAGAAUUUCCUCUCGAACGGUGUACUGCGGUGCCUUUCAAGAUGAAUUUCUCAAAGGAACCUCUGCAAUGGACACCGCUGUAACUGCAGAUGGUGCACUGUGGAACGAAUAUUCGUAGUACUGACUCAGCGUGCACUUGUUCUCUUUCUAUACUGGCAGCAUUCAGACUCACCUCAACCGUAGCCCUAUUUGAUUGCGCAGCAUACAUUGUAUAAAUGUGUUUAAUGACACGGCUAGGCAUCCAAUUGGCAAGUAGAGUGCGAAAAUCAAUACAGGGCCGGUGCCUUCAUAUAUACCUUAACGUUAACAAAAAAUGAGCACGAGCCUACUUGAUUGAACGUGAUGAUAUACCAAAUCCUACGGCAUUGUAGAGCGUAAAAGGACUUCGCAAAGUGCAAACCUAUUGUGGGUUGCUUGCCAAUAGCGUUUGUUGAUCUCUUUCCGAGAGUUGUUUACGUGCUUUAUUCUUGUAGAGUUAAGUAUCCUCUGGAUAACCCGUAAUAUUAGCUGCUUGAAAACUUGUAGGUUUAAACUGUGAAGGCAUCAUCCAUUUUGGACUCAUGAGCUGAAAUAAUACGCCCCGACUUAUUAGCGCCAAGGUUAAAAGUGCCUCUUUUUGAAGAUCGCUCACACAGCUGUCGAUUUCUGUGAACUUAACACAAUGUGGUGAGACAUGAACAAUGUUAUCGAAUAUCUUGCCGUGUUGGAGUGAGACUAGAAAUGAACAGAAUCUGCUGCAAUAUCGCAUCCAUAGCAUUUUCAAUCGAACCUUCUGUUUACACAUUAUACUGUUAAAUACAUAUAGUUCGAAGGAUGCACAUGCGGCAGCUGCGUCACUGUUCUGUGACACCGGAUCUGGCGACAUAAGCUUCUUAUGGUUGGGUCAUUGAACUCGAAUUGGGCCUCGAUAGGACUAGGCUUUCUGUCGCGAAUGUUAACUAUUUCGUCAGCUAGGGGUAGCUUUGCUACCCGCUGUAAUUUCCGAGGGCAGUCUUCCAUGACGAAUUGAGCAAGAGGUGCAGAUGUGAGCGCACGCGAUCUUGUUGACCUGCCAAGCAGGAAGGACGCAACUGCAGGCUGCGCCGUAUGGCUAUUCUACCGCCGGCUAAUGAUGUCAUAUUGCUUUGUUGCAGCCAUUCGAACAGUAAAAGCUCUUUCACAGCGAAUGCGGGGCACACAAGGGGGCAAGCAGAUUUUUAAAGUGAAGAAGCGGCGAAGGCGUGUGGCUGUUCAGACCGGUCCCGUUGUCUUCAGCCCUCACUUUCCGUGGGAGCAGAGCAAUCAGGGAGCAAUCCACCAAUCUUCGGUGGACGUGUUGCCAUCUUGCAACAUUACGAGAAACUGCGCGCGCGUGUCUUAGGCCCUCGUUGGCUGCAGCCAAAGCGGGCAACUUUUCCGCAUGGAGAAAAUUUUUGCCGGCGUGAUUUGGGCAAGCGGCCGUGGGUUUUCCGCUUUUGUGGGUAAUCCGCGUCCUCUUUCUGGAUCCGCGCUUGGUGUGAACACACCUCGUUCCCACCUGAUAAUAGCAACGGUCGUGUGACCAUUUGCGACUUGUGACUAAAAGGCGAUAGAGAUGAGGUCACUAUUACCGGAAUUGAAGCCGCGGCCUCUUGUUUCGCCGAGGAACGUCAACCAUCUCUCCUGCUCUAUUUAUGUAGCUGUUCUGCUUUCUUCAAUUGUAUCUGAGAAUGCGCAACUGACAGCAUUUGCCGGAAAUUAAAUAUCCAUACUUAUCCUCAGGUUAUAGACACUGGGCACUUCCGAGCACGAUCGGGCCCAAUUCGAAUAGAGCUUCUUUUUCGUGACUCACUUCUUGACAUAAGCCGUGGAAGGAAGCCGGUAAUUAUAGUGAAAUGCGCCUAUGAUUGGGAUCGACCACCAUCGAAAAUGCACACUGGUAUUUGCUACAUAGCACGUGCGCUUCAAAACUUCGCCUCCAGCGUUUACAGACUACAUGUGUAAGGGCAAGCGAGAAAAAAGAAAAGUGUGCGGGCCCUUCUGUCUCGUGUUGCGAAGGCAAUGGGUGAGAAAAAAUGUAAUUGGUCUAGAUCAUUGGUCCAACUUUAUGGUAGCAAAUACAUCCAUGUUCUCUUACUGCAGACCUGACGGUCACUGCGUUUGCACCGUGACGGCUUACUUUCACCACCUCCCAUUGGCAGUCCUUGAAGCAGUACUGAUAUUUACAUAUUUUCGCAGUUUUAUCACCUGUACCUCCAGCUUUGCCUGUGUUCAGGCAAAGCUGGAGAAGUCGAUGGUGUUACGCAUUGAGAAAAAAAGAAGUAUUACUCUUGGCAAGUAAGAACGCCAUAAAGCACUCAAGUUCGUUUUGUUGCAGGGACAGAAGGGCAGACAGACACUCGCAAUUUCGUGAUUUGCGUACUUAGACGCAGUUGCAGGGAAGUGACCACAUCAAUCUAUCCUUGCUCUUCGUACCUACGCUCAUAUAAGGAGUAAUACUUAUAUGUCUCUGUAUAAAGUUUAUCGUAUUACGUGCCAUGUAGACUAUACAUCACUUUGUAUAUUUCCAUCUUUUUCUUCAGGGGGUCGCACUUACCCUUAGGUGCUGCCCUCAAAGUGCGUAAGUGUGUAUGGUGUUCCCGGGUGGCCUCUUAACGCAAUUGCGUACGCACAGCAACGUCGUGCUCAAAGGGACACAAAAGGGAAAUCUUAGAUCAGGACCACAUCUAUAGUCGGUGACGCCAAGGUACAGUAUUGUACGCUUACAUAAGUGAAGACGAACCAUGCUCCUAUUGGCAUCGUUAUCUUUCAGGCUGGACUCUACUUUUCAGAGAUUAGCAAUUUCAUUUUAUUUAAUGUGUACACAAACUGACGGGGCAAAAUUUAAAAUUAAUGUGCCAGCUGUAAUAUGCGGCGAUAUCCCAUAGUCUGAAGGCAGUCCAGCUCAUAGCAAGCGCCCUUCCCCUAGCAGAAAAGUCACGAGACACCUUUUUAUUUCGGAGGUUUCUAAUCUAGGGAUGUUGGUUGUCCCUGCCCUAAUUAAAGUGGCAGAGUGAAGCACGGAAAAAUGAAAAAGGCAGAUCGAAUUGACAAAUGCCAGUGAAUACAUUUAAAAAAAGGAUUGACAGUGCGUCUGGAACUUUCCUGAAAUUUUAUGUUGUGUGUUGUACUGUGAAAAAAAAAAAAAUCGGAUAAACACGAAAAGCAACAGGCAACUCAAGGUGUGGUAUCAGGGUGAUCACUACCGCAAAUAUUGUAAUAGCAGGAAAGUUCAGUUUAGGAUAUUUAACGACCACUGUUCGGCUGAGCUACAAGCUCAUUUCGACCAAAAGGAGAUCUCUAAUGCGCACCGAUGUGUGCGAGUGUUUUUGUAUGCGACGACUGGGAAUCCAACCCGGAAUCGUGUGACCAGGAGCUGAACGCCAUGUUGAUGAAGGUCACUUCAACUGUGACAAUCUGCCUUCGAAACUCACUACUUUCGUGAGUGAACGAAAAACUGAUCGGUAUCGCUUUAGUGUCUCUUUAACGCAUUUUUGGCCACCCGAGUUCUGAGUGGACAGCUGUUCGUAAAGCGUCUUACUUCUCUAUCUCUCUAUCGUGGUGCCAAUGGGGCACGUCGUUGUAUCUACGUCCCAAAUCUGGACCACUAUAGUUCUUUGCCUUGCACCGUCAUCCAUAAUCUUAUUUUUAAAAUUUUUUAGCUACAUCUUCACUCCCACACAUUGUCCAUUAUUUGUAUUAUUUUUUUAUACAUUGUUUGCCAUGACUCGUAACGUGGGCUAACAGUUUGCUCAGAGUGGAGGGCAAUUUGUCGCGUGAGUUCUAU